AUGGAUACGCCAAACGAUAUGAAGAGAGUAGAGAAGGGACAAAAAGUUUCUGAAAAUCACGAUUGUUCCAAACUUUGUCCCGAUCACUUACGGUCAAUCCUCGAAAGCUUGAGCUCUAUUGAUUUUCACCGAGCAAAAAUCGUUUGCACCGAUUGGUAUUCAGUUUGGAAAACAUGCGUGAAGCGGCCUCGUUGUCCAUGGCGGAUCAAUUACGUAGAAGAUUCUUUGAUGUUGUUGAAUACAUGAGAAGAUAAAAUUUACAAAGGAACACUCGUUGGACUCUCCAACGACAGCUAUUUUUUGGCUAGCUCCGGAAACUGGCUCUUGAUGGUAGAUUCUCAUCUCGAUUUCUACAUUUAUAAUCUGUUAACGUGCAAAAGAAUCGAUCUUCCAUCAAUGGAGUCUUCAAUUCGCGGUGGAAAAGUGAGAUUCGAGUCUCGCCAAUGGGGACGCUUCGUCGAGGCUUUUCGUAAGGUUGAGGUGUCAAAACACACCUUCAUAUACAGAAGACCAGCUGUUCUGUGGGUAGACGGGAGAACAGGAGAUUAUGUGGUUGCUUGGAUUCUGAAUAGUCAUUACUUGUUCUCGUACAAGAAAGGAGACGACUCGUGGUGGAGCCGGAAUAAAGAGUGGAAGAUGGAAAGCCUCAACGUAAGGUAUUUGGACUUGGCUUAUAGAAACAGCAAGCUUUAUCUUUACACUACUAAUGAUCACAUCAAGAUUUUUGAUUUCUCUGGAAACGAUCCCAUAGAAGUAAUCGGAUAAAACCCGUAUUGGGAUCAUCAGUUUCGAUACUUUAAGAAAAAACAUGAAUACAUAUGUAGCAGGAGAAUGGCGAUUCAGAAAUCAGGAGAAGUUUUGAUUAUCUUGAGUGUAAUAUCGGAAGAUAAACUUUUGUUUUAUAUCUUUAAGAUGAAUCUUCAGAGUAACAUAUGGGAAAGAGUAGAAUCUAUUGGAGAUGAUGAGAUGUUGAUCUAUGGUCAUGGGGUUACAAUAAGAGCACCGGUCCAAGAUGUUGGUUAUGGAAUAAAGAGUGGUUCAAUCUAUUUCGUUACAGAUGACUUUUGUCCAAUACAUCAUCGUACUGAUUCAAAUUGCGGUGUCUUCCAUCUUGCCAGAAGUAUACUCCAAUGGCAGGGGCCUAAGAAUAUAUCUACCAAAACUUGA